AUGUCUUCCAAGUACGCUUUCACCACCGGUCUGAAGGAGCUGCGCUUCCUUUUCUGCCAGACUUCGCAGCAGAGCGCCGCCACGAGGUCGUUCUUGCAGCGCGCGUACCCCACCAUGAAGAAGCACAACCCUCACACUCCCAUCAUGAUGCGCGAGGCCGCCGGUACCCUGCCUCGGGUUUAUGCUAGAUACGCUCUGGGCCGUGAGAAGCAGGAGGCUCUGUCUGGCCUGACGGAUCAGCAAAUCGAAGAGAAAAUCACCCAGUUGGUGAAAGAAGCGUCUUCAUAG